AUGGUCGCCGGCGAAAAUUGAACUAGAAUUUUUCUCAUAAAUGUUCGCAAAUUCGGUGUUAAAUAGUGAUCAGAUGGCUUCAACUUCGACUACGCAGCAAGCUGCGUUAUCAGAGAAUCAAGUGGUGGCAAUAAAAAAUCUCCUGUGGGGAAAUGAUCUCCGAGAGGAGGUGUUUUUGAGGUGGACACAGGGUUUCACUUUUAGUAAAGAUGAACCGUCUGCACUUCUUCAACUCCAGGGAGGACCUUGUGCGGUGAUUGCUCCAGUUCAAGCUUUCGUUGUGAAGAACAUUAUCUUUGACCAAAAGAAAACCAUGGCUGGCCUCACUGCCUCUGAAUGCCAGGAAUGCCUAAUUAACGCUUUGGUGGAGGUGUUAACCCAAGCCGCUAGUACUGACAUCUGUUACUUAAUCACCCACAAUGGGCUUGAAGAGAGGGACGCGGAUACUGUACUCAAUCUGCCAGCGAAUUCUGAGGAUAAUCAGGUCCAAGUUAAUGACAAUGAGGUCCGGAGCCCCAAGAGACAGAAACUGUCCAAUCAGUGGUUCCACAGCAAUCUUAGGUGCCAGCAAUGCAACAGUAAUGCGGAGGUGAAGGAUGCAAUCCAUGCUCACAUCUCAACAUUCCAAGGACAAUACGGUGUACUCCUAUUCUUGUAUUCACUGGUGCUGACCAAGGGCAUUGAACAAAUUAAGAACGAAGUUGAAGACCCUGGUGAACCUCUCAUAGACAACACACAUGGACAUGGAAGCCAGAGUAUGAUAAAUCUUCUCUUAUGUGGUAAAGCUGUAUCGAACGUAUUUGAUAAUGACAAAGAUAUAUCGGGAAUGCAGCUUCAUGGUAUCUCUAAACAGUGUACGAUAGGUUUCCUCACCCAAUUAGAACAUCUUCGAUAUUGUGAGGUUGGCUGGUACUUAAAGAAUCCCUGUGUUCCUGUUUGGCUGUUGGCGAGUGAGACACAUAUAACAGUAUUGUUUGCCUAUGAGAGAGGGUUGGUGACUCAUGAGACAGCAUCGCAAGCGGCGCGAAGGAUCUUUAAAAGUUUCGACCCUGACGGGAAUGGUUUCAUAACCGUGUCUCGACUCGUUGAGCUGAUGGAUGCGCUGGAGCUAGUCUCAGAACCUGAGUACGUCAACAUCAUGCAGAGCAAAAUGGAUCCCGAGGGUUUAGGCAUCAUUCUAUUGGGUGUGUUCCUGGAGGAGUUUUUCCCAGAACUAGACAGGGAGGAGACACCGGAGAAGUUCUUAGUCUAUCAUUACAACGGCCUGGAGAGGUCGUGUCCGGACAAACAGGUAAAAUACUUGGAGGGAACAGCAAAGAUAGCAGACAUUCAAGACAUCGUCGUGACAACUGACAUCACCCCGAUAUUGACAUGUCUGCAGACAAAAUGGCCGACAGUCGAACUUCACUGGAAGGAUAAUAUCGUGCCGUCCAUGAAUUGAUGAACAAGGUCUUUAGGUUCCCAUUUUGAAUUGCAUAAUCAAAAUUAGUGCUUAAUAUUGAGGUUGGCUGAACGAACUGUCUCUUGGACUAGGACUGUCUUUUGUGAAAACUACUUUUGGACUGGAAACGAUAUUUGAAACAUGUUCUGUGAUUGUGAAAUAAUGAACUGAGAGAAAUUCUUCAGCUUAUGGUCAUCAAGGCUUUAAGGGGAUGACUCACUGGCUGGGGCAAAGGCUGGUCAAAUUCACUUCAGCCCCAACUUCCCAAUUGAUAUCCAUAAGUAGGAUGAAUUCUCUGGGGAGAAAUGCUGCCAUGGUCUAAUAAAGUUAACUGAUCUAUGUAAAUGUACUGUUCUGUUUUCAUGCAUUGACUGUCACAGGACCAAUGCACCAUUAGGCACUUGGAUCGCGGGCCAACCUACCAAACUAUUUCUCCAAUGUGGAAGAAGUUUUUUUCUUUAUAACACUCGCCAAAUGUUAAUAAAAGUCAAGUGGGCUGAUAUGGUGUUGUUCACAAUAUAUAUUGUGGAUUUAAUGAUAUAGUCGAACAAAGUUUUUAUUCUCCAAAUAAGAAAACUUUGCCUCCUCACCCAUUAUCCAAGGCAUUAAAUUGAUGUGGCCUUAUUUGUAGGUUUGUACUUUGAUGUCUAUUGCUGUUCUUCAUGUGCAGAUCCUUCUCCCCAGCAUUAUUUUACCGAUUAAGUUGGGCAGUGAGAUUUUUUCAGGGGCCUGUUGAUCUAUAAAUGAUGGGUAUUUAUCUGUACACCUCGUACGUGUACUUAAUAACAGUUAAUUUGAGGCAGUAUCCAUCUGGCCUAUACCUGCAGAUCUUCUAUUAGCUGUACUGUCUGCCUGAUCAGACCUUCUCUUCAUGAACCCCACUCAGUUGAGCACAGUGCACUUAGCAUUGCUUAUAUAACUAAACAGCAUCUAUUUUGAUAUGAAACUUGGUGAAAACCAGGUAAAUCUAUUUAAUACAAUUUUAGAUUUACACAGCUUUUUGCUGUACUUGAAAAAAUGGUAUCAAUUUAAACGAAUUGGUGAACAAAUACAAUGCACAGGAACACUCUUGGCGAUAUGUACUUUUGGCAUGGCCACGAUUCCAAGAGAAUAUGUAUAGAGGGUUUUUGAGGUCCGGGUUUGCACUGGGGACAAAUUAUCAUGAAUGUCAUAGCAGAGGAAAUGGGCUAUGUCAUAACUGCACCAAUUUUUGUAUGUUUGUCUUUUUAAGUUAUUUAUGUACUGUUAGUUACAUAGACUUAUAUGAAUAUAGUAACUUCGAGGUUAUUUAUGUACCAUUUGUUACGUUACAUGUAACUUGUAAGUUUGUGACUUAUGUUGUACUUUAAUGACCAUUCUUGUUUACACAACAUUGUAUUUCUUAUUGU